AGGACACACUAUAAUAAUUAUGAUGGCAGGAAUGUGGCAAUACUUUAUUAGUGCACUUGCAACAGAGAAUUGCCUAACAGCAAAACCACAAUAAUAUUUAGAUAAUUAGCCUAAAACCCUAAACCUCUGGGAGUGGCUUAGUGGUUAGGGUGGUGGCUUCGUAGAUCAUUAUUAUUGUAUGAUAGAUAAGGCAUGGGUUCGAUUCCCUCUUGGGGGACUUUUCUUCAUUUCUUUAAAGUAAUUUCCCUAACUUUUGAAUGCAUCAUACUCUCAAGUAAAUAAUCAAGUUGGGGCGUCACCCGGUUUCUGUGAAACUUCGAACCGGGUGAUGACCCAACUUUCCCUUUUUGGUAUAAGAGAGGAUUUCUCAGGUUGCUACUUUUAUGGAGUUGAAGUGCAGCCAAUAAUAUUAAACCAGUGGUGUGUGAAUGAGGUGUUCACGGUUGGCUGCACUUCAUUGUAAGUACAUGUAUUGUAUAUCCCAUUAUCUACCACAGCAUUAGCUCAACCCACUAUGCUCAAGUCAUUUCCUGCAUUUAAUGCAAUUAGUACUAGUGAUCUUAUAGAGAUUGGUGUGAAUAGCUAGCUACACUGCACUAGUAGCUAGUUAUGGAGUGUCCUUUGACUGUGUACAAGAUUGAAGGAGUGGACUUCUCUUGCGAGGAUACAACGCAUGGAUGUUUCUACUAUUCCAAGGCCUGCACUGGGAGCCUGGCUGGCCUACCUUGCACUGUCAAGCAGAUUGAUAAGAGUUUAUUGAAUGCUACAGCCUCUCAUGAUGUGAUCCAACGCUAUGCAGAUUAUUGUUCCAAGAUAUUCACUCUGAGGCAUCCACACAUAGUCCUAUUCCUAGGUCUCUCCUAUAAGACACCAGCCAGUGUGGCAUUAGUCACUGAGCUACUACCAAUAACCCUGGACCAGGUUCUCAAGGUCUACAAUCGGCUCCCUGAUGAGAUACAUUACUCCCUACUGAGGGAUGUGUCCCUGGCCCUGGCCUACCUCCACUCUCUGGACCCCAACAUAUCACACGGAGAGUUGUGUGCUAAUAAUGUACUACUCACUGGGGAUAUGACGGCUAAACUGUCUGAUAUUGCCAUCCCUUUUGUACUCCAGUUAUCACCAGCUGAGAGGAAAAGAGUGGGAGCACUAGCGCACCUUGCACCCGAGCUAUUGCUAGACUCUGCUAAACUAUCCACCAAGAUCGAUUGCUUUGCAUUUGGUGCUCUCGUUGUACACAUUUUGAGUGGCAAGUAUCCUGAGAGCCUAUCAUGUGACCCCAAUGCUGACCACCCAUUGGACGGAGUGAAUACAGAGCACCCUCUGGCCAGCCUUGCAUUGCAUUGUCUCAGUAAGGUCCCUGAGUUACGACCAACCAGUGCACAGAUUGUAACCAUGGUUACAGAGCUAAUGCUACAGUUCCCUAGUCCUUCAUUCGAGCGUCGAGUUGAACUAUUGAACCGUGCUAUGAAAGUGAAUCAGUCGAGGAAAUCCAGUUCAGACAAACCGAGAUCUGUUGAACGCAAGGACAGCAUUAUCACAUUGUCCAAUAGCAUUGAAAUAGAGCACCUCAAGCUACAGAUAGAAGAGCUUCAAGUGGAGAAUCGUGGCCUCCGUACGUCCAUUAAGAAACAAGCGAAUGUGAUUAGUGCACGAGACCAAGAAAUGGCUGCUAAACUGAUGGCCAAGGAUCAAGAGAUUGUGUCUAUUCAGCAAGAAAUGGGAGCACUAGAAUCAAGCCUCUCCUCAUACAAGGCCACCAUUGCAGUCAAGGAGUCCUCACUGAGUGGCCUGGGAAACCAACUCAAACACCUGCAGGAGUACAUUGCCAGCAAACAUGAGGCUCACCUUUUAAGCCCACAGGCUAAGUUCCAUUGGAAGCAAUUAUCUGGAUUGCCUCAAGCCAUGAUCUUUGCUCAAGCGGUGCGUGUAGGAGGUGUGGUCUACUUUGGCAGUGGGACCACCACUAUGAGUGAAGGGGAGCGCUGUAAGAUGUUCUCCUAUCAUCUAGCCACCGACCAAUGGAAGUCUGUCGAUAAUUGUCCUGUGGUUGGCUUUGGUAUGUCCAACUUCAUGGAUCAGCUCACACUGGUAGGAGGAGCCUAUGAGAGUACAGGAGAAGCUGAUGGUAAAGUGCCCUACUCUCUGACUGGAGAUGUCCACACAUUCGAUGACUCUACAGGAGAUUAUGACACCUCUCUGCCUGGCAUGCCCACUCCUAGACUACUGCCUACUCUCAUCACCUAUUCCUCCACUCUCAUUGCUUGUGGUGGGGUGGUCCUGGACGACAAGCAUGAUAUCUGUGUCCGCUCUGUAGAAGUGUAUUCCAGUGAGAGUAGUCAGUGGUAUAGAGCAGAGCCCCUCCCUCUGGCUGUCACCGGCAUGUCUUAUGCCACUAUACACAACCAUUGCUAUCUACUGGGAGGAUUCACAGACACUGAUUUUGAUCAUCCCACUAAGCGUGUGUUUGGUGUUCCCUUACAACGCCUUGUGGAGGAAGCUCUUACACAUAGUCGCGGCUUUGCUAGUAGUGGAGCUUCAGCUUUGGAUAGCCCAACUCCCAACCUAUGGCAGAGGGUCCCUGAUGCACCACGCUAUGCUGCCACUGCCACAACUAUUGGAGGCUGUCUAGUAGCAGUGGGUGGCAGUGAUGAGAGCUUGGAGCACAAGUCUGGAGCUCUACACGCUUACUCUCCUCUGAGCCAUGAGUGGCUUCGUAUGGACGAUAUCCCAGUCAAGUGCUUCUCUUGUGCAGUGGUGCGACUGCCAGGGUCUGAACUAGCUCUGAUUGGAGGAAUGGGGGAAGAUGAUGAAGAGCCUCUCAUGACCGUGUACAAAGGGCGACUGACAUUGGACUAAUGAACCCGUGUACUCUAUAAUAAUAGCUAGUGUUAGUUUAAUGUGUCACUCAUUUCUCAUCAAUCACUGUACACAUGUUCUCAUGUUCAAUAAUUAUUCUACAAUUGUUCA